AUGACGCAUUCUUCCUCGAAUCGUCGCGCAGCUGUGAAUAACGAACCAUUAUUCACUGCGAAACACGCUGGCUUGAAUAUGAAUCACCAGUGUGUGAAAUGUCGACAGAGUUUUCUUACUGGUAACGAUCUUCAAACGCAUCUUCGUGAUUCUUGCUAUCCAGAAGAAGUUCGAAAGAAUAUAGCUAAAUUAGUUCAACACAUUGGAGAUGCACAACGUGCGAGAUUUCGUUUACAUUCAGAAAAAUGUGAAAUUGCUAAAACGCAGACAAAUUAUUUAGGUCGUGAAGUGAAACAUGGAGAAAUUAGGCCGAGUUCGGAGAAUAUCUCAGGCCUAUUGAAGACGCAAAUUCCAACAACAGCUGCAGAAGCAUGUAGAUUUGUCAAAGGUGCUGAGUACUAUCGAAAAUUUAUUUCACACUUCUCAAUCAUCGCAGAACCACUUAGAAAAUUUGUGCCUACGACGCAAACUCAACGACGGAAGCAGCAAAAAACACAAAUCACUUUGACAAAAGAAGAAUUGCAGUCAUUCGAAGAAUUAAAGAAGAUUUUGACAUCCGAUUUGGUCCUUCGAUUGCCAAGUCAUCGCUAUCCGUAUAAACUGCAAACGGAUGCCUCAGAUGAAGGCAUAGAAGCUGUAUUGUUACAGAUCUAUCCAGAAGGAGAUCGUCCCGUUGGAUACCUAUCAAAAAAAAUUACAAAAGCUCAGAGAAAAUGGAGUCCUACUAAGCAGAAAUCUUUUGCAUUGAUGUGCGCUUUGGAUAAGUGGCAUAAUACAACGAAAUCUACACAAACAGACGAAGAAGUGCGCGCAGUUGUCGGUGCUGUCACUCGUGCCCAAUCUAAACUGCAACCAGCUCAACAACAACCCUCAUCGUCUCCUUCUUCUGUCGGGCAAGACUUGUCAAGGAUUUUCAGUGACGACAAUCGUAUAGUUCCAUUCAGUCUAGAAGAUUUGAAACGUGCUCAGAGGAUCGACGAAGCAGCACAAAAAAUCAUUUUUGAUAUUAAAGAGCAUAAGCAGUACGUUCUCAAAGACGAUCUUCUAUUUCGUGCUACUAAACCACCUGUUCCAUUCGUACCAAAAGGAGCAAUUAGAUCGUCAAUUUUAAAGAUCUGUCAUGAUACAGCUGCUAAUGGAUCUCAUUUUGGACGUGAUAAGACAAUUCAUAAAAUAAACAACGUUAUUUCUGGCCUUCUAUGCAUGGUAUUCACAAAACAACAGUUUGAAGAAGCAGAAUAUCGUUUAGAAAAUACAACAUUAACAAAAUCCAAACGACGAGAAUUACGCAAACAAAUCAAAAAUUAUCAGUACUCUUUGAAAUUUCCAGCAUUUCGUCCAUCAAAUUAUAAAAUUGAAUUUGUCAACAAGAAAACAACCAUCCGUCAACUGGAAAAUUAUAUUAUGGAAGUAAAAAAUGCUACAAUUUUGAUUGACACAGAAUCAAUCACCAAACAUGGUCAAAUGAAUGAACCUGCAUUAAUACAAAUUCAGAUUCUUCAUGAAGGAGAAUCAUCAACAACAAUAUUAAUCGUCGAAGUUAAACAUUUACCGCCAACAAACUGGAAUCAAUGCACAUUGAUAAAAAAACUGUUCGACGAUUACAACUACAUUCAUUGUGAAAGCGAUUGUUUUUGUGAACAAUGUAUUCAUCAGAAUCCCAAUGAUCCGUGGUCAUUAAUGGAUGCUAUUGCCGGUGCCACAGGUAAAUGGUUGGAUAAAUCUCUCACUCUCUCUCCAUUUGCUAUAGGUCUUGACGCUCGCUUAUACAGUCAAACAUCACAACAACAAGCUUAUCGUCAACAAUUAUCAACAUAUGCUGCUUAUGAUUGUCUCGCUAUCCAAUCAUUACUACCUAUUCUUUAUCCACGUCCCCCAUCACCUGCCUACUCAUUUAUUUCGGUUGACGAAGAACCAACGAACGACCCGGCAACAACAAAUGCUAUUGACUUCGUUCCUCCGUCUGAUAAUGGCAUAGAAUUGACAGUAAACAUCACUUCGUCACCGGACGAAGUACUCCACCAACCGUCUUCACCACCUCCACGCCUCUCUUCUGUCGUAAUUCCAUCACAGCCGUCGUCUUCCCUUCAUGUUCAAUAUCAGCGACCAAAAUUAACCGCUCAACAAUUAAAGAAAUUAAAAAACAAAGCGGCUGCAUUUAAACAACAUCAACGUAGAUUUGCUAAUCAAAUUACAAUUCAUAACAUCGACGGUCGAUUUUCUUCGUGGAAAAUUAAACAAGUAUUAAACCAUGCAGCAAUUAACUUCUUGGCAGUUUCGACCCCAUUGUCCCCAUUGUCGACCCCAUUGUCUUUCUGCAUGAUGGCAAGCACUAACACGAACAACUCACUUCGAAUAGUGAAAGCCGCAGGUCUCUAG